UUGACAGUUAAUUUUGACAGCUACAUGGUGCAUAGUCGAAAAAAACAAUGUGUGAGAGUUAAAGUAAAAAUAUGACGAAGUCAAAAAGUUGAUGGAUUUUUGUUAUUUUACUUAGUUACUUAGUUAUAGUAAGAAUUUCAAAAAAAAAUCUUCCUUCAAGAAACCACCAUGAACCAGGUAGAAAAAAGAAUAGUGCGCUCAGAAAAGGAGACAAUACAUUCUGGGCAUUUCAUGAUAUCACAAUUUGAAGCAGAAGCUCAAGAUGAUUAUGACGACUUGGUAACCGUUCCUGACGAAGAACAAAAUACUCCGAAAGUGUCUGUAGUUGCCACAUAUACAGUGCCUGCAUCAAAAGUACCAUUUCCACCAAAUGAAAAGGAAGAACAUAAACAGCAUCAGCAACUUUCCAUCGAAGUUUCCCUCACUAAGUUAUUUAAAUGUAUGACUUUAGCAUAUAGACAAAAACUAACCUCACCAAAAUGGAAUCGUUUCAAAGGUAUAAAACUACGUUGGAAGGACAAAAUCAGGUUGAACAACGUCAUAUGGAGAUGCUGGCACAUGCAAUUCAUAAAGAAACAGAACACUUUGGUCUGCCAGUUUGCAUCGCCAUUAGAUGUUGACACCCACGUGAAACCAGAGACAACGAUAUUGGAAGGAAAAUAUUGGAAACGUCGCGUUGAAGCAGUCAUAGCAGAAUACAAAAAAUGGCGAAAAUUUCACAUAAUGCGUCUCCUUGGCAAGGGAGAUACCUCUGUCCAAGACACGAUAGCGGAUAUGGACACAGCGGAAUCACAAUGCAGCGAUCUCGCAGGGAAUAUGCUCACGGACGAGGAUUACCUUAACUUCAUGACGGACACAUUGUUUUCUACCAUCACCAACCAUCAACCGUUCGCGUUUCCAGAUUGCAGGGAAAUCGCAAAAGGGGCAAGUUUAGCAGACUUCAUUCAACCUAGUUUAGGCCCAUUGCAACCUAAUCUAGACGAUUUUAUGGACACAUUAGAACCCCUUCAAGGAAUUUCAGAGUUUUUAACGUCGUCUCGUUUGCCGCCUGUGCCGGAAGAGUCGACGCUGCCGUCCGAAGAUUUACUAUAUAGGAGUGGGAUGUCAGUGGAGUCGUACAAUACUCGAAGUUUCAUAACGGAGAUGCAAAACUCCACAGUCGCGACCAUGCCCACUAGUCAAAUGGCUAUACACGGUAAACAGAACUGCAGUGGUACGAGUAACAAUAGUCAAAUGAUGCAGAUCUCCGAGCAAAGUAUAAAAAAUGAGCAGCUACGUAUGUACGAUAACAAUCGUCUGUUUGCGCAGACAGACAUGCAGAAUAGCUUGAUUAGCACACAGGAAAUGCUGUCUUCAUUCCAAACGGUCGGCUACGAUCAGCACGCCACCCAACAGGCAGAUUCCCAAAUACAAGCGAGUGUGUACACGGGGAAAACAAACAGAAUGCAAUAUGUGAAUACGCCGAAAGCUCCAGUGGAACCCAACUACAAUAAAUAUAGUGCAGCUAUACCCCCCUCUCAGACGGCCCCCGAAACUGUAUCCCUAUUGCAGCAACCGGUGCAGAAUUCAAAGUAUGCUUCGACGAUCGUAAUACAAGGGAGAAGCGGAUACAACCGUGAUAAGCCUAGGUCAAGAGUCGGCCAGUAUCAAAUGCAAAAUAGUCAAUAUCACGCGUACGGGCAGCCGUCGAGCCAGCCGGCCCCGUCUCCCGUGUCUCCGCAGAGCUACGAGGCGCGCCCGGCGGCCGUCCGCCAGCCCGCCGCGCAGGUACAGUACCUGCAGCCGAACCCUGCGGACUCGUACAAAGGGAAGGCCGCCUCGCCAUCUGGAAACCCUCGGUCGUUUAAGAUGCCUUCCCCGCCGGCGUCCGUCGCCCCUCAGCAGGUGCCAAUGCAACAAAGUGACGGAUCGACUAGCACAAGUAGCUCCCGCAGCAGUGGAAAGGAACAGUACAGAUCGCACAGCUUGCCGCUGGGUGCGCAGCUCAAUCCCGAUUGGACGGUGUCCGCUCCGCCUGCACCUGCUCCCUCGACUUCCGAAACCUGCGCUUCUAAGCAUGCCGCUCGGGCUCGCGAGCCGUUACCGGGUGCGAUACGCAUGCGGUCCCGCUCGACGUCGGGCGGUAGCGGCGGCGUGCAGUCAGAGGGGGGCGGGCCCCCGCCGCGCCGCGCGCACCCACCGCCGCUCAGCACCGCCGCCUCCGAGCCCACGCUGCCCCACGCUAGCGUUAUGCUCGCGCACCUCCUCUCCGCCCGACACUCUCAAAGUUUAUACAAACUUAAUAGUAAUGAAGAUGUUGCCGGGAGCUCCGAUCCCACCAAGUCCCCGAUUAGAAGGGGACAACCGUCUCCGAUCGGUAGUGACGUCAUGUCGCCCCUUCCAUCGGUGUCGCCGCCGACGUCCCCUGGCUCGCCGCGCCGUACUCACCUCCACGCCGAACAAAAGCGCCGCUACAAUAUCAAGAACGGAUUCGACACGCUGCAGGCCCUCAUACCGCAUCUCAACGUCAACCCCGGCGCUAAGAUAAGCAAGGCGGCCAUGCUGCAAAAGGGCGCCGAAUACAUCAAGCAACUGAAGGCGGAACGGAAUCAGUUGAAAGAGGAAAUGGAGAGUUUGAGACAACAAAUCGAAUGUUUACACAAUUCGAUUUCCAACUGCCACUCGCUGCUGCCGGCGACGGGCGCCCCGGUGUCGCGGGCGCGCGCCGGCCGCCUGCGGGAGAUGUUCGCGCGGCACGUGGCCAACCGGACCCUGCACAACUGGAAGUAUUGGCUCUUCAGCGUGGUGUCGGCGGCGCUGGUGGAGUCGUUCAGCGCGUGCGUGUCGUGCGGCAGCGGCUCCGACCUGGUGCGGACCACGCUGCUCUGGGCCGAGCAGCACUGCUCGCUCGUGGAGAUGCGCCCCGCGGUGUUGAACUCCCUGCGCGUGCUGUGCACGACGACGGACAUCCUCACGAACCCCGAGCGGCUGCCAGACGAGGCGCGCGCCGCGGUCGCCGCCGGCGCCGCCGUCAAGACAGAACCCUCGUAACCAGACCGGGCAGCCUUAACCCGUCUCUACUGCUCUUUGUAAUUAGGGUAACACGUACUAUUGUUAGCGCCUCCUAGUGAUAGGACUGACCCAGACUUUGAAAACCACGAAAUAGGGGUGGGUAGCUUGUGAAGGUUUUAUGCGAUUUAGAAAAAUAUUUUUGGCAACAACGACUUUAAAAAAAGAGGAAUACAUAAUGAACACUUGAAAUGAACAUUUAAAAUAAAUUGAAUGAAGUAAUUAAUGCAUGUCUUGUUAAAAAUUUUAAUUGCUAACUAAUUGUUGUAAAGAUUUCUAUAUUUUUGAAUUUCAUAUCAUUUUUGUAAAAAAUAAAUGUACGCGUACAGAUUAUAUACAUGGACGAAUUAGUAGCUUAUGGAGCGGUAGGGAAUCCUGCUUCGCGUUCCCUUUGCACUAGUCAGUGUUACCAACGUCUAUACUGCAUUGUUUCUCGAGAAAAUAUUAUUAAAAUGUGUCCACUAACUAACGUGGAUUUUUCCUAAUUUUUGGGGAAAAUCCGCAAGUUGUUACAAGUCAUCUUAGAGCACUUGACGCAAUGAAACCUUAUCUUCCUGUAUAUAGCACUCUUUUCAUUUCCCACGCGUAAUGGGAGCCCGGAUUUUCUUUAAAUUUGUCCCAUUAUUUUUAUUUAACUAUAUUUUCCUCUAUUUUCCUUUAACUUUUUUUUCCCUUUAACAAGUGACAUUUUGAAUUAAAAACGUUUCAAACUUAAAUACUGUUGGGGCUUGUUGCGCUUUUUCCGAAAUACAAUUACCGUGCCGAAAAAAAUUUAUUAUUGUUUUUUAAUUUAUUCUCUUUGUCAAUUUUUAACAUUCUUACUCAGUUCCGGUCCGCCUUCGCUCCACACACGGCGAUCAGCUGAUAAAAACGUUACAUUAGAUUUAUUUUCGAUUUGUUUUAUUGCGUAAAUGUUACCUUAGUUUGUAAUUUAAAAAUAAAAAAUAAAAAAAUCAGUCUAAUCGCCGACGUGCCUGCGGUGUUUAUUUAAUAUAUAUUUUUAGUAGUUUUCAUUGAGUCGUAAAAAUUUUGAAAACAACAAGAUAAAAUUGAAAAAAAUAUUAUUAUCGUACGAUUACUCAAAUGUACACGAGAUAGAUUCAAGUAUAUUUUUAGUAGUUGGAUAUUGCACGCAUUUAUUGUGCGGAACAACACAUCACUUUGAAUACAAAUUUGUGGCCUUAAAAAGUGCCUUCGACGUACCUAAAAUAUAGUGUAUAUGUACAAAGCUUCUGUAAAGUUAGUCAACCAAAGAUUAAAGCAGAAAGUUCAUCAUUAACUUCAGCCCGUCCUGUCCGAAUACUUGAAAUUCAAUUUGUAGAUCGUAAGCGAAAUGAAUUUACUUUGUGGUCAUAUCGAGAUUUGUAUUUUAAAUUUACGUAAUCUAAGUAUAUCUACGUGUAAGUACGUACUUUAAGGAUAUAUUUUUAUAUUGUGCGAAGACACAAGUGUUUUUUUUUUAAAACAACAUAUAUAUAAAUUGGUGCCAACGUAAAUAUUGUUGUAAUUUGUUAUGUAGUGAUAUAUAAUUUUACGUUUUAUCGUUGAUUCUGGUAGCACGUUGUGUUUGACGACGCUCCUCUGCGCGUUCGUGUGAGCUUUAAAUGAGUUAUGUGCAAUUGUUGUUCUAUGGGAAAUACAGUUUUGAAAAAAAAAAAAACAAAAAAUUGUUUUUUAUUUAUUUUUUUAUUUUCAUGGUCAAAACUUUAUUAAGUACAUAAAUAAGUAGAAAUAUUUAUCAACAUUGAUUGUCUCAGUCUCGUCGUAAUAAUUCUCCCACAGCUAUGUGUAUAAUUCUUAUGAACAUGUUUGACUGCAGUCUACUGUUGAAUUUCUAUUCGUACUUUUUUUGUGAUUGAAUGAUUCUCAACAACUGGGCCGCACCAAAAUUAUUAAACUAUUUUAAAUUGUACUAUAGGUAACUACAUAAACGGCUUUUAAUUACUUUUUUUUUGAGUGCCGCUAAUUUUUGACAAUAACUAACUGGUCUAGAAUGAUAAUUUCAGUAAAGCUGAUAAUGUCAAAUUAUCUAAUACCUCUUAACAUAGAAGGAGCUUGUCAACUAAAACCGCAAUGAGGGUUAAAUUUUACUUUUUUCCUAGCGCAAGUGAAGUGAAAACGACUUACAUCAUUUAUUACUAAAUAUAAUAUUAUUAUAGAUUUUAUUAGAUGCAUAUUGAGUUAGAAAAAAGUGCAUGCUCUAAAUGUGCCAUGCAAUGACAUUUGUGACCUGGUAACACUGUUGUACCAAACGUUUCAGUUUUAUUGACAAAAGGACUACGGUCUAGGGUUGGCAUUUGGGCUUUAAAAAAAUGAUUUACUUCACAUUUAAAUUGGGGAAUUAAUAGAAAAUCAGCAAUUUACUUGUCUCGGUCGCAAGCGUCAACAUGUUUCUAUACGUUAAUGUCACAUAGUCUAUGACGGUCUGUAGCGAACUCUUUAAUACAGCGUUUUUUUGUUAUGGAUUAAAAUCCUGAAAACUCAACAUUGACAAUUCUGUGAACAUAAUGACCAUUUACCGAAUGAGAGCGUGCGAGUAUAUUCAGAUUCCAGAAUAUUCUUUAAUAUGUAUAACCGUGCCAACCAAUCUGUGUUCUUCAUAAAAAAAAAUGGCGCACGUUGUCUUUGUUAUCUGCCGUUCAAUGUUAGUUUAAGUUCAUAAUUACUAAGCCAUACUCAUUCGCAUCAAACAAUCGUAACUGAAAAUCUCUUGAAAUUAUUUUAUGUGAGCGCAAAGACAAAAAGGUAUGAUAUUCUCAUUUAAACUCAUCUUAAUACAUAACUAAUGAGAACUGUAAACUCCAAUUGUACUGGCAAACUCAAAAAUGUGAGAUAAACAGAAAAAAAACCUUAUUGCUAAAACUUUUCUGUAUCCCCGAAAAUGUUUAUCCAAAAUUUCAUGAUAACUACUUAAAAGUAAUUAAAACGUAACAAACAAAGAAACUAUCGCAUUUGUAGUAUUAAACUAUGGAUUAUGUGGGUAUAGAUGCGUAGGGCUGUGAACAAUAAAAUUGUUGUUCAAUAAAUUUAAAUUGGUCCGGGAGUUGUGUGUUGUCAGACGUGCGUGUGCGCGGCGGCGAGCAUGCGGGCGAGGCGUGAGACCGGCCGCGACAGCAGCGGGCCCACCUCGCCCUGCUCCACCACGCGACCCUCCUCCAGUACGACGGCGCGGUCGUACCCGCGCACUGACGAUAUGCGAUGCUGAAAAAUUAAUCGAGAAUAUCUCACUAUAAACUCUUGGAGGCGCUCGGGAAGCUGUUAUUUAACCCCACUCUUGGCUGAGCCUUUGCUCGUCCACCUGUUCUGGUGAAAGUGGAAAGGCCACCAGUAAUUCUUCAAUCAUAAAAAAAAAACAGUAAACAUAAGAAAACUGAUAUAAACUGAUUAUAAUUUGUUUAGUUUUAUGAACUAAAUUUUAUCAAAUUCAAUGAUAAUAGAAAUAAAUAAUUUUGAUCCA